UUAGAACAUUGCGUUAAAAACUUCCCCUCAUAGGAAUCGAGAUGUACAAGGCGGGACAUUCUGCUGUUGCCCGGACCGCGCUACCAUCAAUUCAGCACAAGCAACGAACGAGUUACAACUACCAGCGUCCGAAGGCAUUGCAAAAAAAUGGUGAUAAACGAUCGAGUAUUUCUCCCAAGAAAGAAUUCGACCAGUUUCUCCUACAAGCAGAAAUUCCCGUCCCAAUCUUCAACAAGGCCAAAGUGAAGCGCAACGAAACACCGUUGACUCUUACGCCACCAUCUACGCCUUCAUCUCCUUUAGUUGAGCAACAGAUUGAAUUCCUCCAUAACUCAUGGCGAUCUUUUCACGAAACUCCUACGGGGGAAGUCGAUCCGACCAUUGUCACCUACCAUAGAGUGAAGGAACUGCCUCCGGAUUUUGAACCAUUCAACAUUGAUCGUUUUCUUGCUGAGAAGUUACUGAAAGAGUUGGACAUCGAUCCAAAAUUCGCUAUCUUCUAACAAGAUCUAGUUCCAUAGUACUUAGAGUUUUAGUUGUUUAUUAGUGGAUGUUUAAAAGUGAUCAGUGAGACUGUCAGCUCAUCCUUCAGUAGAGUUCUAAUCGUAUAUAGGGUUAAAUUAGCUGGUAGGAAAUUAGUUAGUUAGUUUUAGAUUUGGUUUUUGUUGUAAUUGUUGAUAGUUACGAGUGUCGCAUGCAUAGAUGUACUUUCAGUCAAGCUCUAUAGUGUUAGGUAAUUUCAGCUUAUUGUUUUAUGUCUGGAGGGCCAACUGUGACAUAUUUCCGCUCUUCCCAGUCAAGUUGUGCUUGGUUUGUCUAACAUUUGAGUCACUUCAUCUCAUUCUGUUGCGCAGAGCUUUCCUCCUUACUCUCUCCGCUCUGCCAUGUGAAGUGAUUUACCUGCUCGAUGUUUUAUCAUGAGAUUCUUGCAAUUGUCUUGCUUCUUCUAUCUCGGAAACUUCGCUUCGUUUCGGUUUUGGCUCAUCAGUUCGCUCGUUGAGUUAAUUCAGCAAAGUUCUGUAUUUCUUGGGGCUACCAUCAACGAAUUUCAUUUUUACGAGUUCACCAUUAUGUGUUUUCCUUCCAAGUUCUGUGUUCGCAAUAACGUUGCUCAUUUGAUCCCGACUUCAAGUCAACAAUCAUUAUCAAAGUUUAGGUGACCCCGUAUGUGCCUUGUGGCUUUCUUCAUAGUAGUCUGUUCGGUUUGUAUUAUUAUUAUUCUCGUUACUUGCAUUUUCUGUUGAACUAGGGUAGCUUGUUUUUUAUACUCGAUAAGUUGUUUUCUCUCUAAUUGAACCACUGCAUUUGUGCUUAUCUUUACUCCUUUGAAAUAAACGUCCUUCUUUGA